UUAAAAUCCCACCCCGUAGCCCAGUCAGGGGGUUAUAAACUUGUCCGCAACGUUCAGUCCACUCAAACAAGAAAAGUAAUUUUAAACAAAGCACAAAAAGAAGUCAUGGCAUCUUUGGGGCUCCAGGUUUUGGGAUUUGCGCUCGCGUUUGUCGGAUGGCUUGUAGAUAUCAUCACCUGCAUUCUUCCCAUGUGGAGAGUCACAGCCUUUAUCGGCAACAACAUCGUUACAGCACAGACAACAUGGGAAGGACUGUGGAUGGUGUGUGUCGUGCAAAGCACUGGGCAGAUGCAAUGCAAAGUGUACGAUUCAAUGCUCGCGCUUUCACAGGACCUGCAAGCUGCGCGCGCUUUGGUUAUCAUCUCCAUCCUGGUCUCUCUCCUCGGCAUUCUACUGGCUGUUGUAGGUGGAAAAUGCACCACCUGUAUUGAGAAUAAAACUGCCAAGGCAAGGGUCGUCAUAUCUGCUGGAGUGUUUUUCAUUAUAGGCGGACUGCUGUGCCUCGCACCCGUCUCCUGGUCAGCGCACACCACCAUCCGGGAUUUCUUCAACCCGCUCCUGCCGGAUGCGCAGAGACGGGAACUCGGGGCAAAGUUUGGAGACAUGGCUGCAUUUGGACUGGAAAUAGUGGGAGUCAUUCUUUCUGUUCUUGGCUGGAUGCUCAGUGUUGUGUGCUGUGCUUUACCCAUGUGGAGGGUCAGCGCAUUCAUCGGCAAUAACAUCGUCACGGCUCAGGUCUACUGGGAAGGAAUUUGGAUGACCUGUGUUGUGCAAAGCACAGGUCAGAUGCAGUGUAAAGUCUACGAUUCGAUGUUGGCUCUGUCUGCGGACUUGCAGGCGGCCCGCGCACUUGUGGUGGUGUCGAUCAUCGUGGGCAUCCUGGCGCUCCUUGUGUCUGUGGUGGGGGCCAAGUGCACCAACUGCAUUGAGGAUGAAGCAACCAAAGCUCGUGUGAUGAUCACCUCCGGUGCUGCUUUCAUAACCGCUGCGGUCUUGCAGCUCAUUCCUGUGUCCUGGUCAGCCAACACUGUUGUCCGGGAGUUUUAUAGCCCACUUGUACCAGAAGCUAUGAAGAUGGAAAUAGGUGCUUCGCUGUACCUUGGAUGGGCCGCGGCGGCUCUGUUGACGGUCGGGGGAGCCAUCCUGUGUUGCAGUUGCCCACCUAAUGACAAAUCAAAAUAUCCACCACAAAGUCGAAUAGCCUACUCAACCCACCAUUCAGUUGCCCCUGCAAGCACCUACAACAGGAGAGACUAUGUCUGAGAAGCUCGGAGGAGAUUUAUCAGUGACUAUGUGUUGUAACAUCAAAAUUAAGUUUACUUGUGGAAAGAGAAUUUUCAUGAUGCACAUAUUUUUCAAUGACAUGGAGAUGGUUUUGCUUUGUGCAAUCAGUGUCCAUUUUCACUUCAAACUUUGUUCAAUCGAUUUUAGAUUUUGAAUUGUAUGUUUAAAAUCAUAUUUGCAUGGUGAUUUAGAAACGGUAAUCGAAAACGUGGUGACAGAGCAGAGGUCAGUUAAAGUAUGAUUCAGAUUGUGUUUAUUUUUGUAGUCUUUUUUACUUUUAAGAAAAACUAAAAAUAUUUACUAACACUGUGUGUAUAUUAUUGUUUUCUUUUUUUAUACUUUCAUUAAAAAAGUUAUCUACUCAAGGCUGAAAAACCAUAUUUAACAAUGGUUGCAUUUAAAGCUUGUUGCAU